AUGACGCACUUCCCUCAACUACCCAACGAGAUGAUCUCGGAAUUCUGGGGAUACUUCCAAGAGCCUAGAGACGUCGAGAAUUUUGCCAUAGUGUCGAAAGAUAUCUACGCUAUAGGCAGACCGUUCGUGGAGGAGCACAACAAGCUGAAGAGAGAAUAUUCAAUCUUCGAAACAGGACCGGGCACCCGUGCAAGUGCCCCAGCGUUCCUGCUCAAGGAUGUCCUUCUCCGGCCACGCUUUGCUCUUUACGUCACCCACCUCUCUAUCGGCCGCUUCAGGACGAAUGGCAGGACUCAGAUGGAGAUGGUGAUGAUCAUAUAUCAUACUCAGAAGACGCUGUUCAUCGAAGCGAUUAAGAUAGCCAGCUUCGUACCGCAGAAUGAUAUUAGGCGCUGGAUCAAAAAGGUCAGGGCAGGGGGUGAGGAUCCAAUCUUGGCACUUCUGUCCUUGCUUCUUCCUGAGCUCGCCACAAUAACACUGACGAGCAUCGCGGACAUCUCGAAUAAGUUCCCGGAGACUAUCCAGCGCAUUGCCCGGGCAGAGGAUCGAACUUUUCUUACGCACCUUACGAGGGUGAAUCUCUUUAUUGAGUUCCCAAUCGACGAUUAUUUCCUGGACUGGUUGUGGCUGAAGAUAUUCACUAGUCUACCACUGGUACAACCUAUACACGUCAAAGACUUGAUUGUCACACAGGAUCAUGAUGAUCUAGUCAACGAGGGGCAACGUCUCAUGUCAGGCAGUUCUUGCAUCACGGAAGUGACGUUCGUCAAAAGUGGAGUGGGCGCGAAAACGCUGUUUCAGCUUCUCCAAAGUAUCAAAGGGUUGAAGGAAUUCACUUACGUGGAGCCGAUUCAGGAAUUCAAAAAAUUCGAGCCAUUCUGGAUGCGAGCCGCUCUGCUAGCCCACGCAAAGCAGUCCCUUGAGUCUCUAAGAAUAACUUCCAGUCAGACCGAAGAAUUCGGACUCCUAGGAUCUUUUCGUGGCUUUCCAAAUCUGCGAAAGCUAGAGACUAAUGUCCACUUCCUCAGCCCUCGGGCCCCAUUUGAUGAGUUGGCAGACCUGCUCCCAGCUUCAAUCGAAGAAAUUUACCUGCAUACUGGGGAUCAUCGGUGUUGUGACAGCGUAUCACCACUGAUCGAGACCUUUAAAAAAGCAAAGUCGCAGCUUCUUCCCAAUUUGAGAGUGCUCAAGCUGACUUCGGAGCCCGAGAUGGGAACUGAGCAGGGGGGCAAGGACUUGAUUAAGACCUUGGAAAAGACGUGUCGGAAUGUUGGGAUCGAGCUAACGGUUAUUUCAGGCUAG